AUGGCGGCUGUACACUCUCUACGAGAAACUUCGAGACAUUCCGAGACAUGCGAGAAUGUAAUGGCGGCUGUACACUCCCUGCGAGAAACUUCGAGACAUUCCGAGACAUGCAAGAACGUAAUGGCGGCUGUACACUCUCUACGAGAAGCUUCGAGACAUUCCGAGACAUGCGAGAACGUAAUGGCGGCUGUCCACUCUCUCCGAGAAACUUCGAGACAUUCCGAGACAUGCGAGAAUGUAAUGGCGGCUGUACACUCUCUACGAGAAACUUCGAGACAUUCCGAGACAUGCGAGAAUGUAAUGGCGGCUGUACACUCCCUGCGAGAAACUUCGAGACAUUCCGAGACAUGCAAGAACGUAAUGGCGGCUGUACACUCUCUACGAGAAGCUUCGAGACAUUCCGAGACAUGCGAGAACGUAAUGGCGGCUGUCCACUCUCUCCGAGAAACUUCGAGACAUUCCGAGACAUGCGAGAAUGUAAUGGCGGCUGUACACUCUCUACGAGAAACUUCGAGACAUUCCGAGACAUGCGAGAAUGUAAUGGCGGCUGUACACUCCCUGCGAGAAACUUCGAGACAUUCCGAGACAUGCAAGAACGUAAUGGCGGCUGUACACUCUCUACGAGAAGCUUCGAGACAUUCCGAGACAUGCGAGAACGUAAUGGCGGCUGUCCACUCUCUCCGAGAAACUUCGAGACAUUCCGAGACAUGCGAGAAUGUAAUGGCGGCUGUACACUCCCUGCGAGAAACUUCGAGACAUUUCGAGACAUGCGAGAAUGUAAUGGCGGCUGUACACUCUCUACGAGAAACUUCGAGACAUUCCGAGACAUGCAAGAAUGUAAUGGCGGCUGUACACUCUCUACGAGAAACUUCGAGACAUUCCGAGACAUGCGAGAAUGUAAUGGCGGCUGUACACUCCCUGCGAGAAACUUCGAGACAUUCCGAGACAUGCAAGAACGUAAUGGCGGCUGUACACUCUCUACGAGAAGCUUCGAGACAUUCCGAGACAUGCGAGAACGUAAUGGCGACUGUCCACUCUCUCCGAGAAACUUCGAGACAUUCCGAGACAUGCGAGAAUGUAAUGGCGGCUGUACACUCUCUACGAGAAACUUCGAGACAUUCCGAGACAUGCGAGAAUGUAAUGGCGGCUGUACACUCCCUGCGAGAAACUUCGAGACAUUCCGAGACAUGCAAGAACGUAAUGGCGGCUGUACACUCUCUACGAGAAGCUUCGAGACAUUCCGAGACAUGCGAGAACGUAAUGGCGGCUGUCCACUCUCUCCGAGAAACUUCGAGACAUUCCGAGACAUGCGAGAAUGUAAUGGCGGCUGUACACUCCCUGCGAGAAACUUCGAGACAUUUCGAGACAUGCGAGAAUGUAAUGGCGGCUGUACACUCCCUGCGAGAAACUUCGAGACAUUUCGAGACAUGCGAGAAUGUAAUGGCGGCUGUACACUCCCUGCGAGAAACUUCGAGACAUUCCGAGAUAUGCGAGAACGUAAUGGCGGCUGUCCACUCUCUCCGAGAAACUUCGAGACAUUCCGAGACAUGCGAGAAUGUAAUGGCGGCUGUACACUCCCUGCAAGAAACUUCGAGACAUUCCGAGACAUGCAAGAACGUAAUGGCGGCUGUACACUCUCUACGAGAAGCUUCGAGACAUUCCGAGACAUGCGAGAACGUAAUGGCGACUGUCCACUCUCUCCGAGAAACUUCGAGACAUUCCGAGACAUGCGAGAAUGUAAUGGCGGCUGUACACUCUCUCCGAGAAACUUCGAGACAUUCCGAGACAUGCGAGAAUGUAAUGGCGGCUGUACACUCCCUGCGAGAAACUUCGAGACAUUCCGAGACAUGCGAGAAUGUAAUGGCGGCUGUACACUCCCUGCGAGAAACUUCGAGACAUUCCGAGACAUGCGAGAAUGUAAUGGCGGCUGUACACUCUCUACGAGAAACUUCGAGACAUUCCGAGACAUGCGAGAAUGUAAUGGCGGCUGUACACUCUCUACGAGAAGCUUCGAGACAUUCCGAGACAUGCGAGAACGUAAUGGCGACUGUCCACUCUCUCCGAGAAACUUCGAGACAUUCCGAGACAUGCGAGAAUGUAAUGGCGGCUGUACACUCUCUCCGAGAAACUUCGAGACAUUCCGAGACAUGCGAGAAUGUAAUGGCGGCUGUACACUCCCUGCGAGAAACUUCGAGACAUUCCGAGACAUGCGAGAAUGUAAUGGCGGCUGUACACUCCCUGCGAGAAACUUCGAGACAUUUCGAGACAUGCGAGAAUGUAAUGGCGGCUGUACACUCCCUGCGAGAAACUUCGAGACAUUCCGAGAUAUGCGAGAACGUAAUGGCGGCUGUCCACUCUCUCCGAGAAACUUCGAGACAUUCCGAGACAUGCGAGAAUGUAAUGGCGGCUGUACACUCCCUGCGAGAAACUUCGAGACAUUCCGAGACAUGCAAGAACGUAAUGGCGGCUGUACACUCUCUACGAGAAGCUUCGAGACAUUCCGAGACAUGCGAGAACGUAAUGGCGACUGUCCACUCUCUCCGAGAAACUUCGAGACAUUCCGAGACAUGCGAGAAUGUAAUGGCGGCUGUACACUCUCUCCGAGAAACUUCGAGACAUUCCGAGACAUGCGAGAAUGUAAUGGCGGCUGUACACUCCCUGCGAGAAACUUCGAGACAUUCCGAGACAUGCGAGAAUGUAAUGGCGGCUGUACACUCCCUGCGAGAAACUUCGAGACAUUCCGAGACAUGCGAGAAUGUAAUGGCGGCUGUACACUCUCUACGAGAAACUUCGAGACAUUCCGAGACAUGCGAGAAUGUAAUGGCGGCUGUACACUCUCUACGAGAAGCUUCGAGACAUUCCGAGACAUGCGAGAACGUAAUGGCGACUGUCCACUCUCUCCGAGAAACUUCGAGACAUUCCGAGACAUGCGAGAAUGUAAUGGCGGCUGUACACUCUCUACGAGAAACUUCGAGACAUUCCGAGACAUGCGAGAAUGUAAUGGCGGCUGUACACUCCCUGCGAGAAACUUCGAGACAUUCCGAGACAUGCGAGAAUGUAAUGGCGGCUGUACACUCUCUACGAGAAACUUCGAGACAUUCCGAGACAUGCGAGAAUGUAAUGGCGGCUGUACACUCCCUGCGAGAAACUUCGAGACAUUCCGAGACAUGCGAGAACGUAAUGGCGGCUGUACACUCCCUGCAAGAAACUUCGAGACAUUCCGAGACAUGCGAGAAUGUAAUGGCGGCUGUACACUCUCUCCGAGAAACCUCGAGACAUUCCUAG